CUAUGGGAUGUGUGGCCACGACAGUUUUUAUUGCUCCAGGAGAAGCGACUCCGGGGACGCCUCUCUGAAUAAAGACGCCCAAAGUGCGAAGUGACUAGAAGGGAGCCAAGGCGGAAAGCUAGGGAAUGGGAGAUAAAGUGGCCUCAUAAAUAAGAAUGCCUGCCCAAAUAUCAGAAUUGGAGAUCAUGGAGGAAGAUCGAUUAAUUGAAGAAGUCUUGGAUAAGUUUGUUAAUUGCCAUGAACAAACAUAUGACGAAUUUCUGAGUACUUUUACUCAUCUUUCAAAAGAGAAUAAUAUGACCAAAAGAGGAGCAUUUGGAGCUGAUUCUUCAGAAAAUAUAUUUCCUUCAGAAGAGGAACAGAUAGUGAUAGAUGAAGGCCAAAAAGUGGGCAGUACCUUUCAAGGUGAUCUGAAUCGGGCAGGACAGGUGAAGGUGGACAAUUUCCUUGAUUUAGAAGAUUUGGACAAAGAUGAGGAGACUCAGCCCCAAAUGAGCAAGGAUUUGCUGCUGCUUCCAGGAGAAGUGGAGGAAGACAUCUGCAUGCAUGUUCCUUCUUACAUUCCUUCCGGAGCCCAGCCCAUCACCUCCGGGGUCGAGCUGGCGCCCAUUGGGAGAGGAGCACACAAACAAAUGGAAGAGGUACUUGGAGAUGAAGUUCAGCCCUUCUCACUUGAUGAAGAAUUUGAUUAUGAUGCUGUGAUGCUAACCCCCAAGUUCACUCCUGCGGAGAUAGACGUGCUCACACAGCUGUCCAAGCAGCAGAGGCAGGUCACCAACACAGACUUAGAGGAACCCCACGACUGAGUCACCAAGACACCUUUGUGUUGUUGUUUAUCGUGUUGUUAUUCAAACAACAUUGGAAUAAAAGGUGGACCUGCUAGAA